AUGCACCAGCUGUUGCGAAAAGUUGUGGCGCUUAAAUGUCGAUCGGCGUUAUCAACAAUUUCGAAGCCUUAUUAUGAUAUAGUGAUAGUUGGUGGCGGAAUGGUUGGAAAUGCUAUGGCAAUUUCUCUAAGUUUAUCAAAUUCACUGAAAGCAAAAAAAGUUUUGCUAAUCGAAUCGGGAAAUAUCGUACCACUGGUUAAAACUCCGAUUUACAGCAAUCGAGUUUCAGCAGUUGCGCUUUCUUCAGUCGAAUUUCUUAAGGAAUUAGGCAUUUGGGAUGAUUUGGUGCGGUACAGAAUAAAAAAAGUUGAUCGUCUCCAGGUUUUAGAUAGCUGUUCUCAAUCGGAAAUAAAAUUACAACAAUCUGAUUAUGGAAAAGAAGUGGCAUAUAUAAUCGAGAACAACGCAAUUAUCAAUUCAAUGUUUUGUUAUCUUCAACAAGCUAGUACUGUUGAUUUGAAAAUGAAAAUGGAAAUAGUUGAAGUUUGCAUUCCAGAUUCAUUAAAAGAUUUAGCAACACUCAAACUUAGCGAUGGAACUGAAAUCGAAACUUCGCUUGUUAUUGGUGCAGACGGUUUAAAUAGUAAGGUAAGACAGUUGCUGAAAGUAGACUGUACUGAAUGGGAAUAUGGCCAAAAGGGUGUCGUUGCAACGCUUGAAUUGCAAGCUAGCAGCGGAAACAACGUGGCAUGGCAAAGGUUUAUGCCGACUGGUCCAAUUGCUUUACUUCCAUUAAGUGAUAAACACAGUUCACUAGUGUGGUCGACAAGUAAUCAACACGCUGACAUGCUUUUAAACACCUCAAAAUACCAGAAUCCAGCCACGAACAAUUUAUUGACACUAGUCAACAAAGGGAUUAGCACGAUUUUGCACUUGGAAUCGCAGCCAGCACCAAUUCCGCCCGUGAUACUGUCGUUACAAACAGACACACGGGCAGCAUUUCCUCUCGGUUUUCGCCAUUGCCACACCUACAUUACUCGGCGCGCUGCACUUAUAGGCGAUGCCGCGCACCGCCUACAUCCAUUAGCCGGACAAGGAGUUAAUAUCGGCUGGAAUGACGUUGCCAUCCUAACCAAGUGCCUCAAGAAAUGCGCCAACGAUGGAAGCGAUCUUGGGUCACUGUGCUAUUUAUCCGAAUACGACCGCGAAAGCAGACUAUACAAUUUACCAAUGCAGCUGGCUUGCGACUGGAUCAACCGCUUAUACCGCUCUAGUACUACACCUGUCGUUAUGGCCAGAUCCCUCGGACUAUACGCGAUCAACAUGUUAACACCACUAAGAGUACUUACGCCUUUUCCCGUUUACCACGUUCUGAAUGUGUCUGAUCGAGUUUAA